AUGUUAGUUAAGGUAGGGUCCGAUAAGGAUUUUAUAAGACUAGGAGAAGGCUAGAUUAGAUGGAUAUUGUAGAAUAGGGGUAGGGUCAGGUAGGAUAAAGUUGGGUACGGUAUGGUAGGAUGCGAUAGGGUAGUGUAAGGCAAAACAGGGUAGCGUAGGUGGGGUCGGGUAGGGAAGGGUAGGGUGCGGAAGGAUACUGUAGAGUAGGGUACGGUAGGGUAGGGUAGGGUGCUAGAGCAGGGUAAACUUUUUUAAAAUGUUUUUGUAAGUUUUAAACACGCCAUUCUUUUUGCAUCAACUUAAAUUUAUAAGUUGCGCCAUUCUUUUUGCAUCAAAUGAAAACUUUUUAAUCUGUUUUUCUUUAUUUCGCUACGCGCCAUUCUUUCUGCAUCAAACAGUAAAAUUUAAAAAUUUCAGACCGACUUCAGAUCAGAACCCCCCGACCGCACUCACGACCACACCACGAUGGGCAUGGGCUGUGGUUGGUGGUCGUUUCCACCGCCGCCCCUUCUCCUGGUGCUGGUGGGCUUCAUCUCAAUGGGCGUGGUAGAGGCCGGUACGAAUUGUUCGGCCGCCGAUGCGACACGGAACUGCGUCGACGGCCUGGUGAUCCCGCUAUGGCGGCCGUUCUUGGACUUAUCACUGUCCGAUCGAUUCUUGCGAGGCGGUAUCUACUUUCUCAUCAUCAUCUACAUGUUCUUGGGCGUGUCAAUUGUAGCUGAUAGGUUCAUGAGCGGUAUCGAGGUCAUUACGAGUAUGGAGAGGACGAUCGUUGUGAAGCGGCCCGGACUGGAGCCGGCUAGACUGAAGGUGCGGAUAUGGAACGACACUGUCAGUAAUCUGACUUUAAUGGCCUUGGGUAAGGUUCAUAUUGGGUUUUGGGUUUGGGCGGGGUGUUUUUUUAACUCUGGGGAGGGGGAGAAAGUGUAGGAUGGGGUAAAAAAUUUUUUUUGAAAUAAAAAAAGGUGCUUUAAGAAAUUUUUGAAAAAAAAUUUUGGGCGGUUAAAUUUUUUUUUUUAGGGGAGAGGGAGGUGGGUAGGGAGCGUAAAAUGAAAAAAAUAGAAAUCUGAAAAGGCGGUUCUACAAAUUUAAAAAAAUUUCUUUUGGGCGGGGUUAAAUUUUUUUUGGGAGGGGGGGGGGAGGAUACAAAAUUUUUUGUAAAGUUGGUUUAAUUUAAGCUGCAAAAAAGAAAGAAGAAUGAACAUUUUUUGGGGGUGGAUCAUAAAAUUUUUUACCACGCCCAACCAAAAAACUCAUUUAUUAUAGUAGGUUACAUUACAUAUUGCCAUUUUAGGUUCAUCCGCGCCCGAAAUCCUCCUCUCCAUCAUCGAAAUCCUGGCCAAAGGCUUCGAAGCCGGCGAUCUGGGUCCCAACACGAUUGUCGGUUCGGCCGCCUUCAACCUGUUCAUGAUUACAGCCAUUUGUGUUAUGGCCGUUCCGUGCACCGAAGUCAGAAGACAAAAGCACGUGGAUGUGUUCUUUGUGACGGCUACAUGGUCGGUAUUUGCGUACAUUUGGAUGUAUGUGAUAUUGGCUGUGAUCACGCCUGGAGUCAUUGACAUUUGGGAGGGGCUAAUCACGUUUGCCUUCUUCCCAUUGACCGUGUUCACGGCGUGGGUCACUGACAUCAAGAUUCUUCAUGUAAGUUUUGACAGAAAUUUUUAGGGGUGUUUUCUGGGUGGGGAAAAUCAGUAUACGGUAGUGGGAUAAGGCUAGAACAGCAAAGAAGUACUGUAGCGACUAGGGUUGUGUUAAGUACUGUAGCGACUAGGGUUAGAGGUCCGAUUAGGGUUUGAAUAUUGGAACUAAUAAGGAUAAUGAUUAAUGAAGAAUACUGUUACAGUAGGCACAGUGUAAUACAAUACUAUAAGCUAUGCUGGAGUACAGUAGGACACAUUACUGUAGGCUAUUACAUAAGUUGGUACGGUAGAUCUUGAUACGGUAGGGUAUGGAAGACUGCAGUUUGAUAGGGUAAGAUAGAGUAGGGUAGGGUAGGGUACGGUGCGGUACGGUGCGGUAGGAUAGGGUAGGGUAGGGUAGGGUACGGUAGGUUAGUAAAGCGUAGAGUACGGUACGGUAGGGUAGGGUAGACGCCAUUAUUUUUGAAUCAACCUAAAUUUAUUAAAAGUGCCAUUCUUUUUGCAUCAAAAAUUAAAUUUUUAAUUUUAACGCGCCAUUCUUUUUCCAUCAAAAAUGUAAAAUUUAUAAAUUAAAAAAAAUUUGCAGAAAAAAUUCCUACCCCACCGUUACCGUCGUGGAUCUCACGGUCUGAUCGCGACCGAGGGCGAAGAGAUGAAGAUGUUAGAAGGAAAUGGCAUCAACUCCACCUACAAAGUAGUCCAAGGCGAGAUCGACCCAGCCCUAAGGGCAUUCGAGGAACAUCGUCGUGAAUUCAUCGAAACGAUGCGCGAGCUACGACGCAAGAAUCCGCAUUUGGACCCGGUCCAGCUUCAGAAGCAGGCCGAGUACGAGAUGAUCAACAAGGGCCCCAAAUCGCGAGCUUUCUACCGAGUUCAAGCCACACGACGUCUGAUCGGGGGUGGUGAUAUCAUCAAGAAGAGGCUGGACAAGGAGCACGAUAAGAGUCUGGAUGCCCUGAUCAAUGCGCAGGAGAAGCAGGCACGGCAGAACACGUGUCGCAUCUUCUUUGACCCCGCCCACUACACCGUGCUUGAGAACGUUGGCGCUUUCGAUGUGAUGGUUGGCCGUGAUGGUGGUCCGGAAGGGUUGACUGUGCUGGUCGAUUACUAUACUGAGGAUGGUACUGCGAAUGCUGAGAGUGAUUACAUACCGGUCAAAGGAACGUUGACCUUCAGACCGGAGGAUAGACAUCAGGUAAGUAGGAUACUGUAUCUUAUUUUAGCAGUACAUUGUAAUGUACCGUACCGUACCGUACCGUAUCCUACCCUACCCUACCUUACCCUACUAUACCCUACCCUUCCCUACCUGUACCGUACCUUGUUGUACUCACCUUAAUCUACCUUACCCUGCCUUGCCGUACCCUACUUUACUGUACCGUAUCCUACCCUACCAUAUCUUACCUUUUGUACUCUCCAUGCCCUGCCCUAUCUUCCUCUACCCUACCCUAUCUUACCCUACUUUACCCUACUGUGUCUUAUUUUACCGUACUCACCGUGUCCUGCUCUAUUCUACUCUAACCUACCCUACCUUAUCUUCAACUGUAUCUAAAAACAGCCCCCAACCUACUACAACAUCAUCAUUUACAGAAGAUCACCAUCGAAAUCGUGGAUGACGAUGUAUUUGAAGAAGACGAGCACUUUUACCUGCACCUCACCAACCUUCGUGUCCGAACCAAAGAUGGCCUCAUCCUAGACCCAAGCCGUCUAGGCGGCGUACCCGUCGCCCAGCUCGAACUGCCAGCCACAGCUACAGUCAUGAUUCUGGAUGACGAUCACGCUGGUGUCUUCUCCUUCGACCACGACCACUUCCAGAUCAUCGAGAAUUGCGGAUCCUUGAACUUGAAGAUCAACCGUACUUCAGGCUGUCGUGGUGAAGUUGUCGUACCUUACAAGACAUACGAUGGUAGUGCUCUUGGUAACAAAGACUUUGAGGCCAAAGAAGGCGAGAUUGUGUUUGGAAACAAUGAAACUGAGUAGGUUUGGGGUCUUUGAAAGGGACAGGGAUUAUGGUAACAAAGGGGAGAGUAGGAUAGGGUAGAGUAGGGUAACUUAGAGGGAGGGUAGGAUAGGGUAGGGUCUGGAACGGUAGGCUAGGGUUGGGUAGAGUAGAGUAAGGUAGGGUAGGGUAGGGUAGGGUAGGGUAGGGUAUGGUAGGGUAGGGUAGGGUAAUGUAGAGUAGGGUAUAGUAGGAUAAGACAGGGUAGCAUCAAACUAAAUUUAUAAAACGCGCCAUUCUUUUUGCAUCUGUGAAAUUAUGAAACGUGCCGUUGUUUUUGCAUCACAAAUUUUAUUUUUGAAUUUUUUGCGCCAUUCUUUUUGCAUCAAAAAUAAAAACCAGACCUUUUAUCCUACCAUGACAAAUUUUGAUCCCACGCCAUUCUUUUUGCAUCAAAAAUUAAAGACUUUGUAAUUUAAUUUCAGAGCAACGAUCGAAAUCGGAAUCGUGGACACGGAACAGUACGAACGUUCCGACUACUUCUACGUGGAGCUUCAGCCUCCAAUUUGGGCCAAGAAGAUGUCGGGUAAGGGGCUGCUCUGUCACGCUUUUUAAUACUUUAACGCGCCUUUCAACUAUCGAUUAUUUGCUUUUCGGUUUUUUUUGAAAUUUUUAUUUGCGCUUAGUUUGGCUUUACCUUGAGAGCUGAUUUUGAUACUGGUUUUUAGCAUAAAGCUGGUUUUAUAUUGUUUUAGGUAGCUAAAUUGGCCUUAGCCCUAGCCGUAGCCCUAGCGCUAGCUCUAGCCCUAGCCCUAGCCCUAGCCCUAGCCCUAGCCCCAGCCCUAGAAUUAGCUUUAGCUCUAGCAUUAGCCCUAGCUCAAGACCUAGCUUAAGCCCUGUGUCAAUAUAUAGCCCUAGUCCUAGCCCUAGUCUUAGUUGUAACCCCAGCUCUAGUACUAGCCAUAGCAUUAACCUUAACCCUAGCUCAGAACCUAGUUUAAGCUCUGAGUCAAUACACAGCCCUUAGGGCGCUACAUCCUCUUCCCCACAACUUUAAAACGUUUAAUGUUUUCUUAAUUUUCCAAAAAAAACUUUUUUACCCUUGCCCCAGGGUAAAAGCUAAACUCAUCCGCUAGGUUUAGGUCAUGGCCACAUCCAUGGCCCUAGCCCUACAGCUAGCCACAGAACCAGCUCUAGCCCUUUUUAUAAACCAAACAUGCUUUUCUCCCUAGUCAUUAUUUUAUUUUUGAAAAAAACAUUUUACCCCCGCUUUCAGGCCAAACUCACCCGCUAGGCGCAGGUAAUGAGCAUAAAUAUUGUCCUAUUCCUUGCCUAGCUGUAGCCCUAGUACUAGCUUUAGCUCUAGCCCUACCUCUAGCCCUGGCUAUACUCCAACCUUUACCCAUACCCUUAUUGGUAUUCUUAACUCCACACCUACCCUUACCCCAUCCUUACCCUACCUUUUUUUUAAGUUCAAAACUUCAAUUUUUUGACCUUUUGAGCUAAAAAAGUUUAAAAAACACAGUUUUACAGCUUUUGACAGAUUGUCUCGAGGUUUUUUAAUCGAGAGUGUUUAUCGCUUUACGUCCAGAUGGCCAUUUGGCGUUUGAGCUGCUACAACAUACGGUAACGCAUAUUAACAUGCACGCUUAUUCACAUUAGGGUAGAGAUAUCGAUCUGAAGGUUGUUAUAAUACAACAUUAUUGUUAGAUUUUACAUUAGUUUAACUUUUUCCGUCAUUUUGAAAUUUUUUGAUUUUAAAUUUCGAAAUUUUAAAAAAUUUUAAAUUAAAAAAAAUUUUUUUUAAUUUUGAAAAAUGGCAUUUGUAAUAAGAAGAAGUAUCAUUAAAAGCCAUUUUUACCCCGCCCAUUCCAUGUUUUUUUAUCUCUGCACCGCCCAUUUAUCUCUUUUGAUCUCUUAUAUUAACCGUAUCUUCGUAUUUCACUAACGGUUUGAUUGUGUGACAUGUUGUGAUGACAAACCUAAACACACACGGUGUUGGAAUGAUGCACGUAUAGCACUUAAUUAUAAUUUGUUUUUAUAUUAAUUUACAAUUGGCAGAUGUGCGAAAGUGUCAGGAGCGGUUUUCGCGGCGAAUCGAGCGAAAGCGCCAGUCUUCGCUGUUCCCGACUUCGCAGGAUGACUCGGGUAAGUCCUAUGUUAGGGUACACGGAUACGUUUUGACAUACUGCGUUUGUAUUUUUAGUAUUAUAGUAGAUUUGUACACAAUUCACGGUAUUACGUGGCGGGGGCGUCGCUAUGGUUUUUUUUGUUUUUAAGGGGGGUGGUUCCCCCUACCCACUCAAAAGUAUGCUACUCUAUCGUAUCUUAAUUUUAGUACAGUAUAGAGUAGUGUAACUACCCUACCCUACCCUACCCUAUACUACCCUACCCUACCCUACUUUACCCUUCCCUACCCUACCCUACCCUACCCUACCCUACCCAACCCUACCUUACUUUACCUUACCCUACCCUACCCUACUAUACCCCUACCCUCCCCUGUUCCUACCCUUACCACUACUUUUACCCCUACCCCUCCUCAGCCGUAUCCACCUACGUCUAACCUUUUAUGCCUUACUUAUGCCCUACUACCCAUGCUUUACCCCGCCCACAGACCCUAUAAAGAACCUUUUUUCAAAAGGGUUAGUAACUACCCUCCCCCCCCAAACUUCUUUCAUUUUUCAACCCUAGCGACGCCUCUACUACCUAAUUAUAAUAAGGGAGUUGAUUUUGUACCAUUGUAACGGUAUUUUGUAACCCUAGUACUGAUAUUUUGUAGAUUUUGUAACCCUAGUAAUCAUAUUUUGUAACAGUGUAAUAAGUAACAGUCGUACUCAGUAACGAUAAAAACCUCCGCCUACUGUAACUUUGUCGGUAAUGAAGAGUACGAGGCUCGGUAUGACAAGCGUUUUAGUGUAAUAUGUACAAAAUUAGCACGAGGUUUGAUAGUAUCGAUACACGUACUAUUCAAAAAAAAUUUUUUUUUAUUUUUAAAUUUCAAAUUUUUCAAAAUUUUUUAUUUUUUUUGUAUUUGAAUUGCGCAAUAUUUUCAAAAAAUGCCACAUUUUUCAGUUUUUAGCCUAAAUUUUCGUUUUUCAAUAUGCAAAUUUAAUUUUUUUCUUUCGAGACCAUAUAUUAGGUUGUUCAAAUAAUUAUGAGCCAUUCUCAGAGCAAAUUUUGGGGACUAAAUGGCUCAGAAUUAUUUGAACAACCUAAUAGUAUUAGGUGCCGACAUAAAGAACCCGCCAUUUUUUACUCGAAAUUACAGGAAAAUUAUGGCGGGUUCUUUAUGUCGACGCCUAAUAUAUUGAUUUCAAAGCCAAAUUACGUAGUGUAUUGCCAUUUUCGAUGAGACUUUUCGUUUUUCCUUAAUUUUCGAUAUUUUUUCCACUUUCCUUUCCCCCACUUCCAUCUGUCACCCCGUAUUUUAGGUCGACUAACCCCGAACCGCCGGCUGAGUAUGUUCUCGACCGAAGGCUUUUUCCAGGGCCGGGUCCGCGACCGACUGGGGUCGAUUUUCAGCGGUUCGAUUGCGUCGCUGGCUAGCCAGUUGUCAGCCCAGCCACCAGGUUUGGUUUCGGUGUUGUUUUUGGAUCGGUUUGAUUGUGGUUUGAUCAGUUUUGGCAGUGUUUGAGGCUCAAUAUGUCGGUACUAAAGGCUCGUUAUGUUGAUGCUGAAGAUAAGUAUGUUGAUGCUCAGUACGUCGGUGCUGAAAACUCAGUAUGCUGGUGCUGAGGCUUAGUGUGAUGAUGCUGAGGCUCAGUGUGUUCGUACUGAGACUCAGUGUGUUGAUGCUGAGGCUCAGUAUGUAGGUGCUGAGGCUCAAUGCGCCGAUGCUGAGGCUCAGUAUGUUGCUGCUGAGGCUUAGUAGUUUGAUACUAAGGCCUAGUGUGCUAAUACUGAGGCUUAGUACGUUGAUGCUGAGACCCAGUAAAUCGGUGAUGAAAACUCAGCAUGCCGGUACUAAAAGCUCAGCACGCUGGUACGAAAGGCUCAACAUGAUGAUGCUGAAGGCUGAGCAUGUUUUGACAUCAGUGGUUCGAGUUUCGACGUGCUGAUAGUGUUGGUUUGACAUUUUUUUUAAUGUACGCUAGUUUUUAUGUUCUACGGCUUCAUGGCUUGGUUACUGUAGCUUUGUGUUUGUUUUUGUUAGAGCAAAACAUUUGUACCAAUCCCUCGAGCAAGAGCGCGGCCAAAAAUAAAAAAAAUUGCGGUGGACCCGUUCACAAAAAUUUCCAAAGUACAAAUCUUUUGCUCCAACUAGUACUGUACCCGUGAUACGUUGCUUUAAAUGUGUUUUUGUGCCAAAACUCUUUUGUUAUUGUGCCAAUUUCGUUGGGUGUAGUGAUUAACAGCGUGUCUUUAUUAACGAACCGUCUGUCUGUCCUGUCCAAACUCUGUCCUAUGUCUCUGUCCCGGCGAUGUGAUAGGUGAAAACUGUCCUUGAGUACCAUUUUUGGAGGCCUUUCAGGAUUGUUGGGGUGACUGGAAUGGUAUGGUACUGAAGUUUUGGUACUUGAUAGGGUGGUAGUACCAGAAUGUUGUUAUGUCAUGCUGGAUAGUAUCAAAAUUUAGGCAUGUAAUGAUAGGUAAUACCAUUUUUUUCGAUUCCUAGUGUCAGCCACUACUACUUUUUCAUACCUAGUACCAUCCAGUACUAGUUUUUCAUUCAUAGUGCCAACCAGUACUAUUUUUUCAUUCCUAGUACCUGCCAGUACUACCCAACCAACCUCCAGUAGCAUUUCCAAUUCCAACCACCUCCAACAGUAAGUACCAACAAGCCCCAACUGUGCAUGCGUAAAGUCCCAGUGCCGUUUAUGGCCCCAAGUUUUGGUUGCUUGCUUGAACCAUCUUGAGUUCGGGCUUCAUGUUCGAGUGGCUUCUGUCAUUGUCGCAAUGAAUAAUCAAAUUUUUAGCCGAUGAGAACACGAUCCACUUGACCGAGGACCAAUUGGAAGUCGCCGAAUUGGGUAAACCACGGUUGGGAGAGUACCGAAAAUGUCAGGUCACCAUCAAGGAGAGCAAGGAGUUCCAGGUGAGUGUGGGGAUUGGUAUGGAAAUGGCGUUAUAGCUUCAAAAAUGGCCUGAUGACGGCUAGUUAUGGUAAGAAUAGGUGUUAUCAGGCCAUUUUUAAAGGUUUUUGAUGAUUUUUGGCCUAGUGUAACAUCAUUCCUUUAAAGUUCUGAUCGAUUGUUCAUCUAAUACAACAUCUUCUUCUAUCGUUUUCUUCGACUCUUCAUCCAGUAGAACAUCUUUGCAUCUAAACAUAAUUUCAGGGCGUGGUAGACCGCAUGUUAAAGACAGCCAACGCCUCCUUCAUGUUGGGAACCUCAUCAUGGAGAGAACAGUUCAUCGAAGCCCUGACCGUAAGUGCCGGCGAUGACGACGAUGAUGAUGAUGGAGAAGAAGGUAGUCAGACCGGCACCGAAGUCACCGCUAAACAACCGGUCGUACCCAGCAAGUACGACUACUUCAUGCACUUUUUGACCGUUCCAUGGAAACUUUUGUUCGCCACGAUCCCUCCGACCGACUACUGGGGUGGAUGGGCGUGCUUCACGGUAUCUAUCAUGAUGAUCGGUGUUUUGACCGCAGUCAUUGGUGAUUUGGCCUCGCAAUUCGGUUGCUGGGUUGGAUUGAAGGACGCUGUCACGGCUAUCAGUUUCGUCGCUUUGGGUACUUCGGUUCCUGGUGAGUUUAGGACAAUGACAGAUUCGAAAAAUUGGAAAAAUUUACAAAAAAAAUACGCGAAGAGUCUUCCAAAUGCAAAGAAAACACGGCACGGCUCGUUCACGACACAUUAAUACCUAAACUUUGAAGAAACUUGUCUUGACCACCCUGAAAAUCUGAAAAAAAAAGAGGAUUUUAGGUCGAUUUUUCUCCAUAAAAUUUGAUUUUUUCAUUGUUAUUGCUCAAUCUCAAUUUAAAAAAACUCCAAAAACCAUGAUCAAUAUACAAAAACUAACCUCAAUCCUUUUCCAGACACCUUUGCCUCCAAAGUAUCCGCCGUUCAAGACAAAUACGCCGACAACUCCAUUGGUAAUGUAACCGGCUCCAACGCUGUCAAUGUCUUCUUGGGUAUAGGAAUCGCCUGGACUAUGGCCGCAGUCUACCACUGGACCAAAGGCUCCAUUUUCCGUGUCGAUCCGGGAACAUUGGCCUUCUCCGUGACCAUCUUCUGCGUCGAAGCUGUGGUGUGUAUCAUCGUGAUCACGUUGCGACGACAUCCCAGCAUUGGCGGUGAAUUGGGUGGGCCGAGGAAGAUUCAACUACUCACGGCCUGCUUCAUGUGCUCAUUGUGGUUGGUCUACCUCGGCUUGUCGGCCUUGGAAUCGUACUGUUUCAUCGCCGGAUUCUAA